AUGCAGUACAACAUCCCCAAGAAGAAAGCACUUAUGGUUGGUCACAUAGCUCACCUGCCUUAUGAGAAAAGAGACCACUGUGACAGUGUCAAGAUUAAAUUUUCCUUUUGCAGGUUUUACCUGAAUGGGACUAAUUCUGUUAAAUGCACUGAGGAAGGAAAAUGGAGUCAGGAGCUUCCUGUCUGUGCUCCCAUAACCUGCCCUCCACCACCUGUACUGAAGUCUGCAACAUUUAGUGUUUAUAACCCAUCAGCUGGAAACAACUCUGUGUAUCAGGACACAGCAGUCUUUGAAUGUUUACUACAACAUGCCAUGUUUGGAAAUAAUACAAUUGCCUGCACAGCACAUGGAAAUUGGACCAAAUUGCCAGAAUGCAGAGAAGUAAAAUGCCCAUUCCCAUCAAGACCAGACAAUGGAUUUGUGAACUAUCCUGCAAAACAAGCCCUUCAUUACAAGGAUAAAGCUACAUAUGGUUGCCAUGAUGCAUAUGCCCUGGAUGGUCCAGAAGAAGUAGAAUGCACCAAACUGGGAAACUGGUCUGCAACACCAAGUUGCAAAGCAUCUUGUAAAUUAUCUGUUAAAAAAGCUACUGUCCUAUACCAAGGGGAGAGAGUGCAGCUCCAGGAAAAAUUUAAGAAUGGAAUGCUCCAUGGUGACAAGGUUUCUUUCUUCUGCAAAAAUAAGGAGAAGAAGUGUAGCUAUACAGAGGAAGCCCAGUGCAUAGACGGCACCAUUGAAAUACCCAAGUGCUUCAAGGAACACAGUUCUUUUGCUUUCUGGAAAACUGAUGCAUCAGAUGUAAAGCCAUGCUAAGGUGGUUUUCAGAUUCAAAAUUAAAUGCCAUACCCGUAUCUGUGUUUUUCCAAGGAAUCUAAUGGAGGUGAAAAAAUAAAGUUACUGAACUUAUUGCCUCCUUAUGUUAUCUGGUUAAGAA